CCAGCCAGGAAUGUGGGGCCGAGCUCCCCAUUCUGUCCUCCGGAGGACUCGAGGACAGCGAGGCAAGAAAAGAGGCGCUGGCCUCACAGUGCCACUGGGGACGGGGUGGGAAGAGACCCCUCUGGGGCACAAAUCGAGAUCCGAUCGCCCGCUGGAGGAUCCCAGCAAGACCCGGGCCGUUUGCCUUCCGCCCUUUCCAAAGCCCCGCGCCCCACCGGGUCGACGGCACCACGAAAGGACCUACGCGCCACUGCUCUUAAUUGGCCAAAACCCAGCCCCAGUGGCGGGCAUCGCCACGUGGCCUGCGCCCCAAGAGUCUGUAGAAGAGGCAGCACCCAGACUUCCCGAUGAACGACCGGAAGGAAGAUAUGGAAAUCACGUCCCACUACCGGCACCUGCUUCGUGAGCUCAACGAGCAGAGGCAGCACGGGGUUCUAUGUGACGUGUGCGUGGUGGUGGAGGGAAAGGUCUUCAAGGCCCACAAGAACGUCCUGCUGGGCAGCAGCCGCUACUUCAAGACGCUGUACUGCCAGGUGCAAAAGACGUCCGACCAGGCCACCGUCACCCACCUGGACAUCGUCACGGCCCAGGGCUUCAAGGCCAUCAUCGACUUCAUGUACUCGGCCCACCUGGCCCUCACCAGCAGGAACGUCAUUGAGGUGAUGUCUGCUGCCAGCUUCCUGCAGAUGACGGACAUCGUGCAGGCCUGCCAUGACUUUAUCAAGGCCGCGCUGGACAUCAGCAUCAAGUCGGACGCGGCGGAUGAGUUCUCAGAGUUUGAGGUUGGUGCUGCUGCAGGUAGCAGCACAGAGGCACUGAUCUCGGCUGUGAUGGCUGGCAGGAGCAUCUCCCCGUGGCUGGCUCGGCGCACCAGCCCCGCCAACUCCUCCGGAGACUCGGCCAUUGCCAGUUGUCACGAGGGGGGCAGCAGCUAUGGGAAGGAGGACCAGGAGCCGAAGGCCGACGGCCCCGACGAGGUGUCCUCGCAGUCCCUGUGGCCAGGAGAUGUGGGCUACGGGCCUGUGCGCAUCAAGGAGGAGCAGGUGUCCCCUUCUCGCUAUGGAGGGAGCGAGCUGCCUGCUGCCAAGGACAGCACGGUGCCGAGUUCCCUCUCUGAGCAGGGUGCUGGCGACGGCUGGCAGCCCACCGGCCGGAGGAAGAACCGGAAGAACAAAGAGACUGUGCGGCACAUCACGCAGCAGGUGGAGGAGGGCAGCCGUGCUGGCUCCCCCGCGCCCGCCUUCCUCCCCACCCCGGCGUGGCCCUUCGGCAGCCGAGACGCAAGUGCAGACCUGACCGUCACCGAGGCCAGCAGUUCCGACAGCCGAGGGGAGAGGGCCGAGCUGUAUGCCCACGUGGACGAGGGCCUCCUGGGCGAAGCCAGCUGCCUGGGCCCGCCCCUGACCCCCGAGAAGGACGAGGCUCUGCAGCAGGCCAGCGCGGUGGCCGGCCUGCGCGCGGCACUCAUGAGUCAGAGCAGCCUGCUGUCUCUGAAGGCCGACGUGCUGGGGGAGGACGGCUCCCUGCUGUUUGAGUACCUGCCCAAAGGUGCCCACUCGCUGUCCCUGAACGAGUUCACGGUCAUCAGGAAGAAGUUCAAGUGCCCCUACUGCAGCUUCUCGGCCAUGCACCAGUGCAUCCUCAAGAGACACAUGCGCUCCCACACGGGGGAGCGGCCCUACCCCUGCGAGAUCUGUGGGAAGAAGUUCACACGGCGGGAGCACAUGAAGCGGCACACGCUGGUCCACAGCAAGGACAAGAAGUACGUGUGCAAAGUGUGCAGUCGCGUGUUCAUGUCCGCAGCCAGCGUGGGCAUCAAGCACGGCUCGCGUCGCCACGGUGUGUGUGCAGACUGCGCCGGCCGGGGCGUGGCCGCACCGCUGGACCAUGGGGGCGGCGAGGGCUCCCCCGAGGCCCUGUUCGCUGGCGAUGGGCCCUACCUGGAGGACCCAGAGGACCCGCGAGGGGAGGGCGAGGAGGAGCUGGGGGAGGACGAGGACGAUGACGUGGCGAAGUGGAAGGACGAUGUGGGGCUGGCGCCUGAGGACGCGCUGUUGGGGGAUGACAAAGAGGACGAGGACUCGCCGCAGGAGCCACGAAGCCCCACUGCAGGGCCGGACAAGGACUUUGCCUGGAUCUCCUAGGCCCCGCCCAGGCAGGCAGGGUCCGGCGGUGGCUGCAUCGCUUCGUCCACCUGUGUGUGCUCGUCUUAGUGGGUCUCAACCCCCGGAGGCAGGGCAGGCCCGCCCUUCUCACAGCCCCUCUCCGGUCCUCCCUGUGUCCAGCCCUAUCCCCACACAUACCGCCCUGGCCCCUGUUGUCCUAAAACAGUUGAACCGACAGUGGGGAGGCAGGGUAGGUCUGAGUCAAGGGAGAGCGCAUGUCCGGGCCUGUGCAGGGAUGAUGUGAGUCCCCAACAGGUGCCUGCAGGUGCGGGCAUCAGAGGAACCCUCUGUGGCUGGUCAGGCCCUGGAUGCAUGGUAGUCCAGUGACCUGGCCAGGGUCAGCACUUGUCAGGGGCAUGAGUGAUCCUUGAGGCCACAGGUCUGCGUCUGUGUUGAGAGUGUUGUGUACAUCCAAGCUGCAUCCGUCUGCAGCACUGCCCAAGCCCGACAGUCAGGUAGCUGCCUGUGACCCUGCAGUGGCCCUUUGCCCUCUUGGCUCCUGUAGAACCCAGGUCCAGUGCACAGAAAGCCCUGUGACCCUCUUGCCUCUGGGCUUUGGUGCUUAACAAAGCAGCUGCAGAUCCUCGCUGAUCCAGGGCUCCAGGUGCUCUCUCCGGGUGGCAGCAGACCCGGAGGGCGGGGCCUGAGGAGGCCGCAGCUCCUCCCACGCAGGACUCCUCAGUCAGGGAGGGGACCCUUGGCCAGGCUCCCCACCUCAGGCCCAAACCAGUUCUGCCAUGAGGGCCUCAGCUCUGUGCACUUCCUUAGAGAGCCUGGCCCCUUGUCCACCCUGAGCUUGCUCCAGUGCUCCUGCUGACUCCUCUCGGGAUGGGCUGGAGCCGGACUCCUGCCAACGUUGCUGCUAACACUGGAGGUGGGUGUUCCUAGCUGCAGUGUGCUGCUUCACCUCCCCACCUGGGUAACCAAAUGUUAAAGUAGUUGGAGACAUCGUGAAGUAGCUACAGAAAAAUAAUUGUUUUUUGCGUCGUUUUUCACACUUGGCAAAACUAUAUAGGGUUGUUUUUCCUUUGGCUUGUCAAGUCCUCCUGCUAUGCUUUGAAGGAGCUUGCCAUGUGUUCUCCUUUUUUCCUGAGUGAAAGCAAAGGCCCCGGUGGUGGGCAUCUCUGUGCAUCCCCCAGCUUUGAGGUCCUGGAGGCAGGCUGCCGGACCCACCUUAGGACAGACAUGGCAGCCUGCCUUCCUCCUCCAGGCUGCUUCUGGCAUCACAACUAAGACAUUCCACCUUUUCCUCCACCUCAUCUAGUGUACCCUCUCAGGGUGAGGUGCAGGUAGGCUGACCGCCCCCCACCCUAGGCCAGGGCUCCUUGGGGUGUGUGUUAGCACCAACUGGAGAGACCGUUUCUAUUUUCUCCUCCAGACUGUAAGCCAGAUGGCUGUUACCUUUUUACUGUCAUAUCUCCCUAGGUGGAAAAAGGAAAACCCCUGAAAACCAUGACUUAGUUCCCAGUGGUCACCUGGAGCAUGUCUCCUGAGAACAUUCCGAGCUGCCUGGCGGCUGCUGCCAACAACCUGCAGGGCUGGCCCAAGUGGGCACAGGGACAUGGUGCUACCCUCGAGGGCCUGUGCACAGGGGAGGAGUUGCAGUUCUUUGUUUUUUUUAAAGUAAAAUCAGCCAGUUUCUACCAGUUACGAGAGGCUGCUCCCCAUACUGUCAUCCAGUCUGCCUGCACACAAGUCUCUCCCAGGCAAAGCUAUGAGCUCCUGAGCCAGAGUCCUUAGAGCAGGCUCAGAUCCUCCUACAUAGAGCCUGGGGGCCCUUGGCUUGUCACCACUCUCUCCCACUGCCACGGCGGGUCUGGGGUGCUCCCAGUCGGGCAUCGUGGCUGGACUCCCUCACUGGGAAAGCUCCAGCUGAGCUCCCAGCCCCCUUCAGGGCUCUCAGAACUUUGUACCUUUUCUCCCACUUUUCUAACACCUUUUCUAUACACUUACUUUCUUACAAGAUGCAUUUGGAAAUCAGACCUUUGCUACAAGCCUCUGAGUUUUGUACCGGUCCCCCUACCCCCAUCUCAGGCUGAACUGCCCAGGGCCCGGGGCCCACCUCCCCCAGGCACCUCUGCCUGGCACUCAGGAUGUCUUGCUCUCUGACUGGCUCCCACUCUGGAUGCCUUUGCUGACCUAGGGGCAUUUUCUUGAAAUGAUACUGUACUGGAAAACCAAGGUUCCCAAUCUGUCCACCACCUCCCCCAUCCGCUGUGUGGCAGGUCCGCUGUUCUGUUUGCUAGUUGGAGAGUGGAGUUUCAAAUCCAGAUGAACACAUCCAUCUCAGGAGGCAUGGAGGGAAAAAGACAUGUAAUGAAGAGUUUUUUUUACGUGACUGAUUUUUUUUUUUUAAUCAAUGUUCAAACUAAUAAAUAUUUUUUUAUGAAGAGGAAAAUACUGUGUAGAUUACAUUUCACAUUUUGUAUUUUUUGUUGUGUCUGUUUGUAUCUUGGUGUUUGCAACACCAAAGUGGAAGAUACAGUCCAUGGUGGGGACGGGGUGUGAAUAGGGAAACCAUGAUUUUGUAUGGAGCUCUGGAUCCUGGCCAGGUUAUUUGGACUCUGGGUCUGGGCAACAGGAUGCUGCCGGGACUUUCCAAGACCUGACUCGGGACACAGCUAUGCUUCCAACUUUGCACAUCUUCCUUUUUAAGAAAAAAAACCAGAAAAUGCAAAACUGGAACUUUUUGCAAUAUUAUGAAAGAUAAUCCUCCUUGGCUCAUUCUGUGACAUGUGCAGCUCUUAAGAAGCCAUAAUCCGUAGUGGUUGUCUUUUGUUUAGAGCCUAUGUUGUUUUGUAUGCAGCCCUUUUAGAAUCACUUGUAGUGAGGGUGCUGUGUGUGUGUGCUUUCCUUAAAUAUUUAUUUUUUCAACAUGCUUUCAACCUGUCACCAAAAACAGAAGAGACAAAAAAAAAAAAAAAAAAAAAAAAAAAAAAAAAAAAAGGCAGUGUUUGGAGACUGUUGAUUUUUUCCUCGGGAUGCUCUAUUAUAUUGACUUUAUACAUCAUCAUAAACCUGUGUUUGUACUGAAGAUGUAUUUAAUAUUUGGGGAGGCUCUUCAGUCUGUUGGUGGAGAAUUACAGCUGCUGCCCGGCUUCCUGCAGCCACAGGCCAGGCCAGCAUCACCUUCUCUUCUCUACAGAGGGUCUGGGGGCUUCUUGUUUGCCUCCACAGCUCCAGGCCUGCCUGUGGGUUCCUUUCUGUGACGGGAUUAGCAUAGACAUUCUUGAAAAGCGAUCACUUUCAAUAAAUUGGGAAAUUGCUGCUCCCAGCAGACGCCUCCUGUGUUUCAGACAGCGCCCCUCUUCGGCCUCACCUUGGAUAGAGGGGCCCAGACUGGAGACCCAGCCCUGUGGCCUCCCGCAUCCCUGCCCACAGGGUCCUGGACCCAUUCCUUUCCUCCAGGAGGCAGACUCAGCUUCUGGAAAAACCCCCAAUUUUUAAUUUUUCUCCUCGCCUGGUGGCCCAGACGUGAGACACCUGAGCUUCAGAAACAUGGUAAAAUGUCAGCCCUGGCCCCCAAACCAUGGCAUUAAGUGCAAGCAUGGGAGUCCCCUCUCAACACCCCUCAAAGUGCCUCUUGGACUGGCCCCCACAGCUGGCCUGCCAACAUCCUUGACAUCCUUGACCAGUCCUGGGCCAACAGGCAGGGGGCAGCAGCCCUGGGUCCAAGGGGACAGUGAUGUCAUCUGGCUUUAGUGCAACCACGCUGGCUUCUUCAGAGGCUCUCUGAAGAGCAGAACCCUCCCCUGCCUCUGGGGUCCAGGGCCACUAGCUCCCUUGCUUUCUCCUGCAUUAGAAAGCAGCCUGCAGCUGGGCAAGGCCAGGCCUGGGGCCUGCAGUCAGGAGGCUGGGCAGCAGCGCGGGGCUCAGUCCAGGAACCUCUGACAAGCCUUCUUCCAGCGGCAGGCCGUGCACCACAGGUCCCGGUGGUCCAUGCCGUACACCUUCCGGCACUUCUUGGCAUCACCACGUGGCUUCCUGGGGAGACAGGCAAGGGACAGGAGUGCUGUCAGCUGGGACCCUCCCCACCUGGCACCUGACUGAA